ACAGUGCUACAUACCUCUCAUGCAUGUAUAAAAACUUCAAUCUAAAGAGCUGAAUGAUAUUUCUUUCAUAGACAAAAAAUAUGUUGCAAAGGCAUGCGAUAGAAUAAAGUAGCGAUGCUAAAAGCGAAGAAAUGCGCCUGCGCGGCUCCAGUCAACAGUAGUUCUCUCUCAUAAGUAAUUUUUUCUUAUUUACAUAAAAAAUAGACGAUUCGAUUUUUCUUGAUAUGCAAUCGAUCAAUUAUUAACAGACAUUCAAUUCUACAAUUGCUACGAAAAUGUAAUGUUUCUGAUCUCAUAAUAAUAUUUAAUGUCGACAUUACACUAAAUUGGAAUAAUGGAAUAAUAGAGCUAAAAUUUACGCUAUAAGAAAAUAUAUAUAACCGAUCAAUAAAAAAGGUGGGGAUAAGUGUAUACCUUCCUCGAUUUUUUCGCAGUCACUUGUGUUCUGGAUUUUGUAAAGAGAUGAUCUCCCUUGAAACACAACACUUUAAAAUCAAUAGAUUAUUAUUACUUAUUAUUGGUAUAUGGCCUUUGCAACAAUCAAAUCUAACUCGAUUUCAGUUUAUUUUCUGUUCUAGUAUUCUGAUAACGAGUAUUAUAUUUCAGCUUAUGACAUUUGUUACAUUAAGAUGUACUGCGGACCAUAUUACUAAAGUUUUAUCUUCUACAUGUUUCUCCAGUAUGUUUGUGAUUAAAUAUACUUUAUUUUAUUUCAACAUGGAAGUUAUGAAGGAAUUAUUAAUGGAACUUCAGUAUAUAUUUGACGGAUUAAAAGAUAAGAACGAAGUUGCUAUUAUGCAAGAAUAUAAUUGCAAUGCAAGACGUUAUACAAUGGUACUCACAGUCCUAGGCGUUUGCACUAUAUUUGCUGCUAUCAUCGCUCUAUUUUGGUCGAGAAUUCUUUAUAUUAUUUUACCGAACGUAUCUUUAUCACGUCGGUUGCCGGUUAAAUUCGAAUAUUUUAUCGAUCAAGAGAAAUAUUACUAUUGGAUUUUGCUACAUAUUAAUGUAGCAUUGUGCAUCGGGGCAAUUGCAAUGGUAGGAAUAGGAACAACACUUAUUGCGUAUGCUCAACAUACAUGUGGUAUGUUUAGAAUUUCCAGUUAUCGUAUUAGACGCGCAGUUCAUGUAAAUACGUUAGAAAAUACUAAAUUAAAGGAGAAUUUAAUAUUGAAAGGAAUAAUUAGUGCUGUAAACAUUCAUCGUCAAGCAAUGAAAUUAUCCGGACUUUUGGUAUCAAAAAUUCAGACAAUGUUGUUCUGUUUAAUAAUAAUCGGAGUGGUCUCUUUGAGUCUUAAUCUUUUUCAAAUUUUUCAGAUUGCCUCAUCCGGAAAUGAUGUCAAGGAGUUUAUAUUUCCAAUUUUAUUUGUGACUGUCAGUGUCCUAUACAUGUUUUUAGCUAAUUAUGUGGCACAGGUUAUAAUGGAUCAUAAUAAUGAUAUAUUUGCUACUGUGUAUGAUGUAAAGUGGCAUGCAGCUCCGUUACAUAUACAGAAAUUACUACUAUUUCUGCUGCAAAGAGGCGCCAAAGAUUUUACUUUAAGCGUCGGUGGACUAUUUGUUGGAUCGUUGGAAUGUUUCGCCACGCUGGGGAAAGCCUCAGUCUCUUAUUUUACUGUCAUAUAUUCAACGCAAUAAUAAGAUGAAAAAAGAAAUAACAAAAUGUUACAAAAAUUUAAUUAAUUAAACUUCAAUAUUAUAAUUAUAUAUACCUUAUAUACCUUUAGAAGUAAAACGUAUUUAAAAAAAUUAUUAU